AUGAAUGCCAGAGGGCUUGGCUCUCCGCUAAAGGAUAGUAUUCCUGCUACUGAACUUUCCGCAAGUGGACCUUUUGAAAGUCAUGAUCUUCUUUGAAAAGGUCUUCCUUGGGUGAAAAAUAGUUUGCUCUUGAAUUAUCUGAAGAAAAAGCUCAACCAAGAGAAAAUGAAUCUUCCCACACUGAGGACCAUCCUGGGUCUAUUGGCUCCACUCAGAUUACAAAUGGAAUUCAAGGCCAUGCAGCACAUUCAGCCUCUUGCAUUUCUUUCAAGCUCAUCAGACCUUUCACUGGAUAUUUUGAGGGCUCAUGAUGAGACUAUUGGAUUUGAAGAUACUCUUAAUGACCUGUCAAAAAGUGAACUAAUGGGAGAGCCACACUUGAUGGUGGACUAUAAACUGGGUUUACUAUCACCUGUUGUGCUGACAUACCUGCCACAGCUGAGCGACCUGCCUCAGCUCCAGAGAAAACUGUGA